CGGAGCUGGGAGCAGAGCACAGCGUAGCACUGCGCUGCAAGCGGCAGUCUCAAGGCACCCACCGACGGGCGGGCGCAGCGGGAGCGAGAGAAGUCCGGAGGCGUGCUCCAGGCAGAGAGAAAGCGGAGCCGGCCGCGCCCUCCCCUUGUCCCUGCUCCCGAGCCGCGCCCCUCUGGCCAGCAUGAGGCUCCUGACAGCAGCUCUGCUCCUACUGCUCUUGGCGCUAUGUGCCGCGGGAGUGGACGGGUCCAAAUGCAAGUGCUCCCGGAAGGGGCCCAAGAUCCGCUACAGCGACGUGAAGAAGCUGGAAAUGAAGCCAAAGUACCCACACUGCGAGGAGAAGAUGGUUAUCAUCACCACCAAAAGCGUGUCAAGGUACCGGGGUCAGGAGCACUGCCUGCACCCCAAGCUGCAGAGCACCAAGCGGUUCAUCAAGUGGUACAAUGCCUGGAAUGAGAAGCGCAGGGUUUACGAAGAAUAGGGCGAAAAACCCCUGAUGGGAGAACUUCAUACCGGUUGGGAGACAGCAAAGGACUUCGCAGAUUAAAAAAAAAAAAAAAAAACCCUUUCCUCCUCACAGGCAUAAGACACAAAUUAUAUAUUGUUAUGAAGCACUUUUUACCAAGGGUCACUUUUUACAUUUUAUAGCUGUGUGCAAAAGGCUUCCAGAUGUGAGACCCAUCUUUCCUGCAUUCCAGACUUCAUCACAGGCUGCUUUUUACUGAAAAGCGGGAAACUCAUGCCUUUCCUUUGUAAAAAAAAAAUGCUUUUUUGUAUUUGCCCAGAUAUCACUAUACAUCUGAGCUUUAUAAGCACCUGGGAGGAACAAGGAGCUCUGUUGAGACAUUUCAUAGCCGCACUGCUCCAUUCCUAGCACAGGGAGGAGCUUCCGCUUGGAGGUCCUGACGCCUCAGAGCAGCUCCUACUGGCUCUCCUGGGCUCAUGGUCAGUCACAGCCUCAGGGCGGGGGUGGGGGUUGGGGGCUCUACAGUGGUCCCAGUCACUGGGCAAGUAGGAGCAGAUCUCUCUGCAUCUGUUCUUUUAUGAACUCGAGCUUGGCUGCCAGAGAAAUGUGCUCAUCCCCUGGUUAACUUUUACACACUCCAGGAAACACUUCCAAGAUCCUGGGAUGGCAAGGCAAACAGUGCUUAAGGAAGGGUUCGGGUCUUCUCUCCCACCUGAGAGUUUGUGAAAGCUCACUGCUUCCUAGUUAAUGCUUUAGAAGCACAUGAAGUUCCUGACACUGUUAGCAAAACUCUUAGGAGGAAACGUAAAAAUAUACGAAUACACACACUGUAUAUAGCUCCAGACACAUAUUAUAUUGACGAGGGAGAACCUUCACAGCAUGUGUCUGACCCUCAUCACAGUGAAACAUGCAACAGUUCAUCUGUGACCCCACAUAAUUCUUCAACGUCCAACAGUGCAGCCUUCUGAAAGCUAAGAGGACGAUGCACCCUGUCCUUUGUAAAUAUGCCCCCUGCACACACCACCCCUUCAGUGUGUGCUGCCUUGGACUGCUGUGUCGUAUGCUCUGUAAGUGUCAAAAACAAUUAGCAUUGCAUGCAGGUUUCAUAUUCUUUCUAAGACAAAAAGAAAAGUAAUAAAAUAUAUUUGAAAU